GCAGCGAGGAGGACUGCAGCAGCAGCAGCAGCAGCGGAGGCGCCCUCCUGCCCGCCUGCCUGCGCAGCUCGGGGAGCAGCAGCAGCAGCAGCGCCACCGCCGCAGCCUUGGAGCCGGCAUGCAACCGCCCGACUUGCCGCGCACGCCGCAGCGAAGCCGGCCCUGAGGAGUGCGGGCGCCCCUUCUCCAGCCGUAGCGAGCGCCCUGCCAGGAAGGCGCGCUGUCCCCAGGCCGCCCCGUGGGGCAAUGCUGCGCGGCUCCCCCCGCGCUCUGGCCGCCGCGUAGGGAGCCGGCCCGGCCCCCCCCUCCAGCCUUUCUCGUCGGGGAGGGGGGCGCUCCAGCCUCGCUGCUGCUGCUGCUGCUGCUCCUCCUCGCCGCCGCUCCCUCUCCAGGUGCUGCCGGCUCGUGCCCGUCUCCGCCGCCGGCUGCUGCACUGGCGGCGCCCGCUGCCGCUGCUGGCUCUUGCUGCUCGCCGCCGCUGCCGCGCUCCUCCUCGCCAUGGCUCAGGCGGCCAAGCAGCUCAAGAAGAUCAAAGACAUCGAGGCGCAGGCCCUGCAGGAGCAGAAGGAGAAGGAGGAGAGCAACCGCAAGCGCAGGAACCGCUCGCGGGACCGCAAGAAGAAGGCCGAUGCUGCAACCAGUUUCCUGCGAGCAGCGCGAUCUGGGAACUUGGACAAAGCCUUGGAUCACCUGAGGAAUGGUGUGGAUAUUAACACCUGCAAUCAGAAUGGGUUGAAUGCUUUGCAUCUGGCCUCUAAGGAGGGCCACGUCAAGAUGGUGGCUGAGCUGCUGCACAAGGAAAUCGUGUUGGAAACCACCACCAAGAAGGGGAACACCGCUCUACACAUCGCUGCCCUGGCAGGACAGGAGGAUGUGGUACGGGAGCUGGUGAACUUCGGGGCAAAUGUCAACGCACAGUCACAGAAAGGCUUCACGCCCCUGUACAUGGCAGCACAAGAGAAUCACCUGGAGGUGGUGAAGUUCCUGCUGGAGAAUGGCGCCAACCAAAACGUGGCCACAGAAGAUGGCUUCACGCCGCUGGCUGUGGCCCUGCAGCAGGGCCAUGAAAAUGUCGUGGCCCACCUGAUCAACUACGGGACGAAGGGCAAGGUGCGCCUCCCGGCACUGCACAUAGCCGCCCGCAACGACGACACGCGGACGGCCGCCGUGCUCCUGCAGAACGACCCCAAUGCUGACGUCCUUUCCAAGACUGGUUUUACCCCACUGCACAUUGCCGCUCACUACGAGAACCUCAACGUGGCCCAGUUAUUGCUGAACCGUGGAGCAAGUGUCAACUUCACACCCCAGAAUGGCAUCACCCCCCUGCAUAUCGCCUCCCGCCGUGGCAACAUCAUCAUGGUGCGCCUCCUACUGGACCGCGGGGCCCACAUUGAGACCCGCACCAAGGACGAGCUGACGCCGUUGCACUGUGCUUCCAGGAACGGGCAUGUGCGGAUUGCCGAAAUCUUGCUGGACCAUGGUGCUCCCAUUCAAGCCAAAACCAAGAACGGCCUGUCCCCCAUCCACAUGGCUUCUCAAGGGGACCACUUGGACUGUGUGCGGCUUCUGCUGCAAUACAACGCCGACAUUGACGACAUCACUCUGGACCACCUGACGCCGCUGCACGUGGCUGCCCACUGUGGCCACCACCGGGUGGCCAAAGUCCUUCUGGAUAAGAGUGCCAAGCCCAAUGCCCGGGCGCUGAAUGGUUUCACCCCGCUGCACAUUGCCUGCAAGAAGAACCACAUCCGGGUGAUGGAGCUCCUCUUGAAGACAGGGGCGUCCAUCGAUGCCGUCACUGAGUCUGGCCUGACGCCUCUGCACGUUGCCUCUUUCAUGGGGCACCUAAACAUCGUGAAGAUUCUGCUACAGCGUGGAGCAUCCCCCAAUGUUUCCAAUGUGAAAGUGGAGACGCCUCUGCACAUGGCAGCCCGGGCUGGCCACACUGAAGUGGCUAAGUACCUCCUCCAGAACAAGGCCAAAGUCAAUGCCAAGGCUAAGGACGACCAGACGCCCCUGCACUGCGCCGCCCGCCUUGGGCACUGCACCAUGGUGGAGCUGCUUCUGGAGAGCGGCGCUGACCCCAACCUGUCCACGACAGCCGGGCACACGCCGCUGCACAUCACCGCACGCGAGGGCCACCUGGACUGCGCCUGUGCCCUCCUGGAGAAGGAGGCUUUGCAGACCGUCAUGACCAAGAAAGGAUUUACCCCUCUUCACGUGGCUGCCAAAUAUGGGAAGGUGGACGUGGCCGAGGUGCUGCUGGAGCACAACGCCCAGCCCAACGCUGCCGGGAAGAAUGGCCUCACCCCGCUCCACGUCGCCGUCCACCACAACAACUUGGACAUUGUCAAAAUCCUACUGCCCAAGGGCGCCUCUCCGCAUAGCGUGGCCUGGAAUGGAUACACCCCACUGCACAUUGCCGCCAGGCAGAACCAGAUGGAGGUGGCCAGCAGCCUGCUCCAGUACGGGGCUUCCACCAACGCCGAGUCCACUCAAGGGGUGACCCCACUGCACCUGGCAGCCCAGGAGGGCCACGCGGACAUGGUGGUCCUGCUCCUGUCCAAGCAAGCAAAUGGCAACUUUGGCAACAGGAGCGGCCUCACCCCCCUCCACCUGGUUGCUCAGGAGGGGCAUGUCCACGUGGCAGACGUCCUCCUUAGACACGGUGUGCGUGUGGAUGCAACCACACGGAUGGGCUAUACACCAUUGCAUGUGGCUUCUCACUAUGGGAAUGUCAAGUUGGUGAAGUUCCUGCUUCAGCAACAGGCAGAUGUCAAUGCCAAGACCAAGCUCGGGUUUACCCCUCUACACCAAGCUGCCCAGCAAGGCCACACAGACAUUGUCACCCUCUUGCUCAAGCACGGAGCCUCUCCCAACGAAACCAGUUCGAAUGGGUACACUCCUCUGGCCAUCGCCAAGCGGCUGGGCUACAUUUCGGUCACGGACGUGCUGAAGAUUGUCACAGAUGAGACCACCUUCCUGUCUUCCAGCGAUAAGCAUCGCAUGAGUUUCCCUGAGACGGUGGAUGAGAUCUUGGAUGUUUCCGAGGACGAAGGCACUGCUCACGUCACUCUCCUGGGGGAGGAGCAGACCGGGCCCAAGCCACACAAGCGGGACCAGGAAGAUGAGAGAGAAAUCGUGGACUUUGUCCCCAAGCUGGACCAUGCCAGGGAGGAGUUGCCAGGCAUCCCCCGCAUCCCAUGCGUCGCACCCGAGACGGUGCUGCUGAGACCUGAAGAGCCAGAGCAGCCUUCCAAGGAGUUUGACGAGGAGUCCCUCAUCCCCAGUAGCCCUGCAACGGAGACCUCCGACAACAUCAGCCCCGUGGCCAGCCCUGUACACACAGGAUUCUUAGUAAGCUUCAUGGUGGAUGCCCGUGGGGGUUCCAUGAGGGGCAGUCGGCACAACGGCCUGCGCGUCAUCAUCCCGCCCAGGACGUGUGCAGCACCCACCCGCAUCACGUGCCGCUUGGUCAAGCCUCAGAAGCUGCCGGCACCACCCCCACUGGCAGAGGAAGAAGGACUGGCCAGCAGGAUUAUUGCACUAGGCCCUGCGGGGGCACAGUUCCUCAGCCCCGUAAUUGUGGAGAUCCCCCACUUUGCCUCCCACGGGCGUGGCGACCGAGAGCUGGUGGUCCUCCGCAGCGAGAAUGGCUCUGUGUGGAAGGAGCACCGCAGCCGCUAUGCAGAGACCUACUUGGACCAGGUCCUGAAUGGCAUGGAUGAAGAGCUGGAGAGCCUCGAUGAGCUGGAGAAGAAGAGGAUCUGCCGCAUCAUCACCACGGAUUUCCCACUCUACUUCGUGGUCAUGUCCCGUGUGUGUCAGGACUGUGAACUGAUUGGCCCAGAGGGCGGCUGCCUACAGAGCGCGUUGGUGCCCAUGGUACAGGCCACGUUCCCGGAAACAGCCGUCACCAAGAAGGUCAAGCUAGCUCUCCAGGCACAGCCAGUACCAGAUGAGCUGGUGACGAAACUGCUGGGGAACCAGGCGACAUUCAGUCCAAUCGUUACGGUGGAGCCACGGCGUAGGAAAUUCCAUCGCCCCAUUGGGCUGCGCAUCCCACUUCCCCCCUCAUGGAGGGAGAACCCACGGGACAGCGGGGAGGGCGAUACCACCAGCUUACGGCUCCUCUGCAGUGUUAUAGGAGGAACAGCCCCAGCACAAUGGGAGGACAUCACUGGGACCACAAAACUAGUCUAUGCCAAUGAGUGUGCAAACUUCACCACCAACGUGUCUGCCAGGUUCUGGCUGGCGGAUUGCCCGCGCACCGCUGAAGCCGUCCAUUUUGCCACCCUGCUGUACAAGGAGCUGGUGGCGGUGCCCUACAUGGCCAAGUUUGUGGUCUUUGCCAAAAUGAACGACGGGCGCGAGGGCCGCCUGCGCUGCUACUGCAUGACCGACGACAAGGUGGACAAGACCCUCGAGCAGCACGAAAACUUCACCGAAGCGGCACGCAGCCGGGACAUCGAGGUUGUGGAGGGAAUGCCGCUCCACACAGAGCUCUCGGGGAACUUGGUGCCCAUCAAGAAGGCUGCCCAACAACGGAGCUUCCAGUUCCAGUCAUUCCAUGAGAACCGCCUCAUCAUCCCUGUCAAGGUGCGGGACAGCAGCCGGGAAGCGAGUGGCUCGUUGUCCUUCCUACGCAAGGCCAUGAAGUACGAAGAGCUGCAGCACGUCCUUUGCCACCUGAACAUCACGAUGCCGCCCUGCUCCAAGAGUUCCGGCAGUGAGGAGCGAAGGAGAACACUGACGCCCCUCGCCCUGCGUGAGAGAUACAGCCUCCUCAGUGACAGCACUUUAGGCUCAGUGAGCAGCACAGAGAAGGACAAGACAGACAUGAAGAUGGCCGUCAUUGCUGAACACCUGGGCCUCAGUUGGGCGGAGUUGGCCAGGGAACUGCAGUUCAGCGUGGACGACAUCAACAGGAUCCGUGUCGAGAACCCCAACUCCCUGCUGGAGCAGAGCAUGGCUCUGCUGAACCUGUGGACCAGCCGCGGCGGCCAGAGUGCCAACAUGGAGACCCUGUACACGGCUCUGCGCAACAUCGACCGCAGCGAACUCGUCAACAUGUUGGAAGGCACCACGCGGCAAAGCCGCAGCCUGAAGGGCGACAAGCUCUACCCGCAUCGGGACUACUCCCUCUCGCCCUCCCAGAUGAAUGGUUACGCUUCGCUUCAGGACGAGCUGCUCUCCCCUGCCUCCCUGCAUUAUGCGCUGCCCUCCCCGUUGCGUGCCGACCAGUACUGGAGCGAGGUGGCCAUCAUGGAUGCCAUCCCCAUGGCCGCCAGCGAGCAGGACGCCCUCAUGGAGAUGUCCGACAUGCAGGUGUGGUCCUCGGGGCUGACGCCCUCGCUGGUGACUGCCGAAGACUCCUCCCUGGAGUGCAGCAAGGCCGAGGACUCGGACGCCACGAGCGAAGGCCGGUUCCCGGGGCAGCUCCUGGAGGAUGCCCAGGCCCCCGACCCGCUGGGCUCCAUGGACCUGGUGGAGGACGACACAGUGGACUCAGACGCCAUGAAUGGGCUGAUGGACUUGCUAGAGCAGGAGGAAGGCCAGCAGAGGGUACAGGCCCGCAUCACGGAGUCGCCCACCGUCAGCCGGGUCAUAGACAAAGGCAAAGACAGGCUUGGCGACUGGGCCGUGGAGCGCACCUUCCUCUCCAGCCCGCCUGACCUGCCCAAGGGCGCCUCGCUGAGCCCCACACUCCUGCGGCAAGCAGUGCCCUAUAAAGUGCGAGGCCGGGAGCGGGAGAGGCCAGAGCACAUGCGGAUCGACUUCUCAGAGGAGCGGGAGAGCCCACCGCCGCACACAGACUGGGGGCUCCAGCCCGGGAGGAGGCCGGGCUACGCCAAAUGGCAGGAAGCUGAAAGCAGCUUCUUUGGGCAAAUGCAGGGCAACGAAGUUCUGGAUCUCCCCGGGGAGCAAGUGACUGAGGAACAAUUCACCGACGAACAAGGCAACAUCGUGACGAAGAAGAUUAUCCGGAAGGUGGUGCGGCGGCUGGAAACGGACAGCACGGGUGAUGGGCGGCAACAUGAAGAGGAGGAGGCUCAAGGGAGUGUCCCGAGAUCGGAGCUGCUCGGGGGCAGGAUGGGGGCUCAGAUAGUGAAACGGGCCAGCCUGAAAAGGGGGAAGCAGUGAAACCCCUCACCCCUCGAGUGGCCUCCUUGGAGGUCUUCACCUCGACACCAACCCACUGACCUCCACCCCCCUUGUGCCCCCCACACGGCCAGGCGAGUGGAGUGGGAGGCUCACCGGGGCUGUCCACGAUUCUUUAGGUUAAUGGCAUGAUUUCCGUACGAGACCUAACUUUACUGCCCUAUUCGCAUGACCGACCGACUGCAGACGCAUGAGCUACAGUUCUUUCUCCUGACUCAAAGCCUGGACCAGGAAACCGAGGAGGGGUGGGGAUGCGGAUGGUGCGUGGGGGGGGUUCCUCUCUGAAGCCCCUCCUCGACGCAGCGCCUCGGCCUCCUGACACAAGGAGGAAGCUGGACGGAGCUCAUCUGCCAUCCCACCCACUCCCACUCAGCCUCCCACCGGCUCUGUGCUUGGUUCUGCUACAUCUGUCUCUGGCGCCUGAGUGUUUCCAGCAUGAGCUUCCAGUUGAAGGGCUUUCCGCCUGGGAGACAGGAAGUGGCCGAGGGCUGCCCAGAACCUCCUCUUCCAGUAGUUCUCGCCGGUGGAACGCAGCCGGGCCUGGCCAGUUGCUCAACCUUGCGUGUACGAUAUGAACAGAUACCUACUAUGCAAACACAAAUAGGGACGUUCGGCAGGAUUGUAUGGGCUCAGCUCCCCGAAAACCUCUGCGGGCCGCCAGCAGCUUGUGGCAGAGAGGCGGGAAGUCCUCGGAUUGAUUCGAGGCAGUGUAAGUCUCCCAGGCUCAUCUCUCUUUCACACACACACACAUACACACACCCCAGGGGAGUGGCUUAGGGGGGUGAGUCAAGGGAUGGGGGGAGAAGGGCUAGUGCGUGAGCUUCUGCCAGUCCCACAAGUGUGCGCCAGGCACACUUUGCACCCAGCUCUCGGGACGCUUCUCGCAAUUUGGCUCCGGGCCGGCCAAGCGCAGCUGCCCGCGCAGCUGCCCACGCCCGGCUCCGCCCAGCACAAUCUGUCACUCAGGAGAGGUGCAGAGUUCCCUUGCGAUCUGACCUGCACUUCUGCACCAGGGAGGACCUGGAGACGGGUCCCUGCACUCAGCACAGACACGGCACCUGCCGAUAUUUCCUGGACCACUCUACGCUGGGGAGUUGCAAGGUUCUCCCCACACCACACCCACUUCCCUGACAAAGAGUGGCAAGGGGAGAAUGGUGCUCUCCAGGGGGGCUUCCCACCGGAGGGUGUGCCACCACAGCCACCCAGCUGUCCCUCAGUGCUUAGAGGGCCCUGCUUCCCCCCACUUCCCCAGUUAAACCGGAACCCCAGGGCACCUGCCUCGACACCCCUGUGUCCUUUCAGGUGGCGUCUGCUCUGGACUUCCCAAGAAAGAUGGUACGUGCCCCAGGGAAGAUGUGGGGGGGAUGCUAGUUGGUCCCCACCCCACCCCUGUUCUGCUUCACUCUUUGGACCCAGAAGAGAUCGCAAAGCAGCACCUGAUGUCCGAGAGAUGCACAAAUGCGUUGACUUCCAGCCCUAGGGACUCUUGGCCUUCCUCUUCCGGAAGGUCCUACUGCAGUUAUUAACUCACACACAGACACUCCAAGCAGCCCUGGGCAGUUGGCGCCGUCUGCUCUCAGGCUGGACAAGCUGGUAUACCCUGAUGCCAGCAAGAGCUGGAGGAAAGUGAAAGAGACCUGGAGGAUGCCAGUGAAAGCUGGAGGGCAAGCCACUAGAAUGGGCUGGUGCCAUCCCAGAGAGAAGAGUUGUCCCGAUACAAACACGCAGGGCACACAGCAUCCGAUCCCCUGAGACCCCCCCCGACCCCACAACACAUGCCCUGUGCCACCAUCACCCCCUCCUGCCCCACCAAAUUGCUGACACAGCAUCACCAUAGAAUCUAGCGUGGGCCUCCCCCCCAUGCUUUGCCCCCCUCGUAGUGCAUAGGAAAAUGAGCUGUGAACUGCGCCCCCUCGCCUGCCUGCGGGGUGCUGCUUUGCCCGCUGAUCGCUAGUAGGAGCUGUUGGGGAGGGCGAUGCCUAGAGAAUGCGGCCGUCUGCACUCUAGAUGCUUUUUAGACGUUUUGAAAUUACUUUCCGUUCCUUUUUUAUCGUUAUGGAUACUUGGAGCCUUUUGGCUUCUCCUUGGUCUCCCUCCCACCCUCUCCCUCCAUCCCACACCCCGAUGUAUAGACCAUUCGCCCUUCUCCACCAGCUACCAGAAUCCGACUUAAUAAAGAAACCAACACGA